GUGGGAAAGAUGGCGGCGACUCCGAGACCCUCCUGGUGGCAGCAGUGGCGGCAGCGCUCGUGGGCUUGGGACGGGUUCAGGCUAUGGCUCCUUCUCCUUCUGUUGGGGUCCGGGCAGUGGCCGCGGCAUGUCAGGGCGGGCCAAGCGGUGGAAUAUUUGAAACGGGAGCACUCGCUGUCGAAGCCCUACCAGGGUGUGGGAACCAGCAGUUCUUCGCUGUGGAACCUGAUGGGCAAUGCCAUGGUGAUGACGCAGUAUAUCCGCCUCACUCCAGAUAUGCAAAGUAAACAGGGUGCCUUGUGGAAUCGGGUGCCGUGUUUCCUGAAAGACUGGGAGCUGCAGGUGCACUUCAAGAUCCACGGCCAAGGGAAGAAGAACCUGCACGGGGACGGCUUGGCAAUCUGGUACACAAAGGACCGAAUGCAGCCAGGGCCUGUGUUUGGAAACAUGGACAAAUUUGUGGGGCUGGGAGUGUUUGUAGACACCUAUCCCAAUGAGGAGAAGCAGCAAGAGGCCCAGAAGAGGCGCUAUUCUCCAGGAGUCCAGAGGGUAUUCCCCUACAUCUCAGCCAUGGUGAACAACGGCUCCCUCAGCUACGAUCAUGAGCGGGAUGGGCGGCUCACAGAGAUUGGGGGCUGCACAGCCGUUGUCCGCAAUCUCCGAUAUGACACCUUCCUCGUGAUUCGCUACGUCAAGAGGCAUUUGACGAUAAUGAUGGAUAUUGAUGGCAAACACGAGUGGAGGGACUGCAUCGAGAUGCCUGGGGUCCAUCUCCCCCGCGGCUAUUACUUCGGCACUUCCUCCAUCACUGGGGAUCUCUCAGAUAAUCAUGACAUCAUUUCCAUGAAGUUGUUUGAGCUGACCGGAGUGAGGACCCCAGAAGAAGAAAAGCAGCAUCGAGAUGUGUUCCUGCCCUCAGUGGACAAUCUGAAGUUUCCUCAGCUGACAGUGCCACCAACGCCCCUGAGCGGCCUGGCCCUCUUCCUCAUCGUCUUUUUCUCCUUGGUGUUUUCUGUGUUUGCCAUUGUCAUUGGGAUCAUACUCUACAACAAAUGGCAGGACCAGAGCCGCAAACGCUUCUACUGAGCCUGCUGCCAUCAGUCCCUCUACCAUGUUUACCCAUGAGGUGUGGUCUGAGCACACGGCCUGGCAAGUGUUUGAGUCGCCAGCUGUUGUUCAGGGACUGUUCUGUCACUGGAGCUUCGAAUGCAGGGACCCUGCAUUCUCACGGCCACCCGUGGGAACAGCUUCUCACUGGCUCAGGACACCACCUGCAGGGCCGAGCAGCUGUGAUGUGCCUUUCCCUGACGUCCUUCCACUUUGGAGUGAAGAGACAUGGAGAAAUACAUAUUGUGAUGCCCAAUUACAGCACUGGUAGAUAGCCCAAGCUGGGCUGGAUGCAGCAGCCUUCUGCUUCGUCCUCAGAUUCCCAAGGAGAAAACCAGAGCUGGUUUUUGCCCAUGCCUCUUUCUACUUGAGGAGCUCCUUGGCAAUCUGGAUGGAGAGUUUUGCCGCACCUGGCUCUCUGUCUCCCUCCACUCACUGUCCUCUUUGUGUGCGUUGUGAGCUAGGAAAGAAGUUGCCCUCACAUUAGGUGGCCCUCGGCUCGCCACAUUAGCUCAUUGCUUCAACCUCUGCUCCCCGCUGAGUGGGUCUUGUUUUUGACUCUUGCUGUGUCUUCAGCUUUCCUAAUCAGAGCCUUUCAGGCCUUCGGGUGGUGUGGCUAACUAGAAGCUUGGACAGGUUCACAGACGCCGUGAGAUUAAUUGAAGUCAAGCAAGCCCAGGUGUGCCGCAGAGCCAUGAUGGCCGUACCUGCCAUGGGAGGUGCUGAGGACCCACUGGAGCCUACUUAGUUGCAUGUUUUGUGUUUGUCAUGAUUCUUGGGAUCCUGCUGUCUUCUUAUUCCCUGAACUUGGACACGCCCCAGAGAAGAUCUGGCUUCUUAAUGAGGAGAAACAAUUGCUACUUUCAUGUUACUAAUCUCUGAGAGCAAAAGACCUUGAUCCUCUGAGAUUUGCCACUGAGUAGCACAGCUGAGUGCUCUUGUGUGUUACCCCUAGUACACUGCCUUAUUCUGCAGAUGUCAUAUGCUGCUGUCUGCCCUGUGAGUAAACUGGUUACAGGCUAGUCUCCCUGGAGGGCCUGAAACAGAGUUUUCUCUAGCCCAAGGAAGUAGCCCAUGGCUGAUGAAACCAGUCCUGAGUUGUACUCAGCGGCCUCCUUCUAAGGAUGGGGUUAGUGGGGAGGCUCCAGUCUUUUUUCUGAGCCUCAGUAUGUCAGCUCUCACC